AAUAGAUCGACUCAGGCGCACGCCGUUCGCGCAAGGAUCCAUGGAGCGUUCCUAAUUUAAAAAUCAAACUUUCAAACUGAAAUGGAACUUUAUAUAGAAUUCUCUCGAUCAAAAUAACCGUUAAGUGGACAAAAUGGAAUUAAAUAUGAGGUUAAGUGUUGUGUGUGUGUUAGUGUUGUGUAGUUUUGCUUACGGAUUCGUGGACGAUAUCCCGAGAAUAUCGAAGCUAUGCUGCGAUCAGGGCACGUCCUAUGCCAGGCAGCAUACAUCUGAGGACUGCUCAUCAUCAGCCCCGCCGGCUGUGGCACGGGAUUUAGGGCCACUGUGCCUUUAUGCCAUGGAUGCUUGCUGUAAGCAGUAUUUCCAGAAAAAGAAAGAGUGCGACACAGGUAUCGACAUUGCAACGAGCACGGAAAACUGUGACGGAACCAUUGAAACAGCACAGUCCUGCUGCAAUGAGUGCAAGAGAGGGAUAGAAGCUGCCGGCAGUGGCAACUCCUGUACAGCACCAGAAGGAGACAGCCUGGACCAAUUGCUUUCUGGAGACGCGUUUAAGCAGUGUUGUGUGAAAACCGUCGACCACAACAAGAAGUUGCACAUAGAACCUUUGAACCACACCACUGCGGGUAAGCCUGCGCAUCACGUGUACCCUGCUAUACCUUCGUCGAAAGAGGUAUCUUCGCUAUGCGAAGAGUACGCUCCGAACGAACUCUGCGCUCACCACUGCAUCCCAAUACCAGGAUCAUACAAGUGCGAGUGUAACCCAGGAUACAAGCUCAUGCCUGACGGGAAGAACUGUAAAGAGGUGACGAAAAACCGCUGUAAGCCUCGCAACCCUUGCCAGCAUAAGUGCUACGACAACGGCGGAGCCGAUGUCCAGUGCUCGUGCAAACGGGGGUACGAGCUGAUGGCUGACGGGAAGAGCUGUCAAGAUAUAGACGAGUGCACGCACGACCCGCCCGUGUGCCUGCCCGGCACGAAGUGCUACAACGUGCACGGCUCAUACAAGUGUAUUCCAGUUAAGAGCCAUGCUGCUGAGAAGGGACAGUGCCCUCCAGGGUUCACCAGGAAUCUGGUUAACUUCGCUUGUGAUGACGUCAACGAAUGCCUCCUCCCGAACCCCCCCUGCCCGUCGUACCUCUGCGAGAACACGAUAGGGGGGUACAAGUGCGACGGCGUGUCGGGAGACCCAGCGAACCUGGCCAACAGACCCAGGGUGGUUGAGGAGAGGUGCCCCACUGGGUUCAAGACUGGAAUGAACGAGGAGUGUGAUGACGUGGACGAGUGUGCAGAACACAAGGAUGAUUGCAACCAUCUCUCUCAGUUCUGCAUCAACACACACGGCUCCUUCUAUUGCCAAGAUCAGGCCUCCAAAUACUGCCCGCCAGGAUUCAAGAUUAACCCUAGAACGAACAUGUGUGAAGAUAUAAAUGAAUGCGAAGACGAGGAGCUGUGCGGAGAUUUAACGUGCACUAAUCUAUUAGGACAGUACACGUGUCAACAGAAACGUGACAGGAAAAAAAACCAAUGUCCCGACGGUAUGCGACUAAGAAGAGGAACUAGUAUUUGCGAAGAUAUCGAUGAAUGUUUGGAAGGCACCCAUCUCUGCGACCAGUACCAAACCUGUCACAACACCAACGGGAGUCACGACUGCAGAUGCAAGCAGGGCUUCGAAGCUGAUUUGCUGACUGGAGCAUGCGUUGAUGUUAACGAAUGUGCGACUGAAAGCCACGACUGCGUGCCUCAGUCGCAGCGCUGUGACAACACUGUGGGAUCUUAUCUAUGCAUCCGAAUCACAUCCUGUGGUACAGGCUACAUUCUUCAACAUUCCACGGGACAAUGCGAAGAUAUAAACGAGUGCGCGCUCGGCCAGGACGACUGCAAGCGGCUCGGGCCCAACUUCAAGUGUGUGAAUAUCCCUGGAUCCUUCCGGUGCUCCCGGGUCCUACCCAGCACCACCACCACUACGCUUAACCCGGAUUAUGAAUAUUAUUACGAUUCCGACGAUGAAGAAAUCAACGGGACUCUACCAGAAACGAGCAGUGCAAAACCAGAACCAUCCACCCCUAAACGAGAACCUAUACCAACCAGUCCACCUCCACCUACAACCUCAUCAACAACCACAGAAACGAGAUCAGAGCGCCAUGAAGACAACUUCGUCUUCACAGACAAGGACCCGGACACUAGAGACUUCAACUUCGGACCAUUACCCACAACAUCUACCUAUUACGAAACCAGUCAAGAACCAGAGAAACCACAGCCUAAAGAAGAAAGACCACAAGAACCAGAGAAACCACAGCCUAAAGAAGAAAGACCACAACAACCAGAACCUAAACCUGAAGAAAGGGUCAAUGAACCACGACCUGAUCUAGUUGAACUACCAAUUGCUUUACCACCAGAAGUUAGGAUGCCACCAACUAGUCCUAAAAUAGUAUUUGUUAAUAAGAAAGAUGAGGAAACGGCGACAGUAGCGGCCGAGAGGAGACAGGAUGGAUCAGUCUUUGUCGAUACAUCUAACUUGCCUGAAGGGGAGUGGACCAAGAUCAACGCGAAGCCGAUUCAGUGCCCGAUUGGGUUUGAGCUGGAUACAUUUGGAGCUUGUUUUGACAUCGACGAAUGCGCGACCAACCGCCAUAUCUGCACCAGCUUCGAGACCUGCCGCAACACCAUGGGGGCCUACGUGUGCGAGUGCAACGAGGGUUACAGGAGAGACCUGAUCACCGGCAUGUGCGUGCCCAUACCUACCACCCCACCACUCACCACUCCGCCAACGCCAGCCACUACUCAGAGUACGACCUUGGCUCCGACUAAAGCUACUACAUCAAAGAAUGAUUAUUGGGGCUCCCGUCGUAAGUUGCCGCGGCCAUUCCGACCCCGGAUUAGGUGUGAUGUGGGCUACCACCUCAAUCCUACCACGGACCAGUGUGAAGACGUGAACGAGUGCGUGAACGGUCAGGCCAACUGCGCCGCCGUGGAGAUCUGCGUGAACACAGAGGGCGGGUACCGGUGCGACUGUCCACCAAACUGGGUGCUGGAUGCGACGCGCCACCGAUGCGUACCUGCCAGGAACGUGCAUGGGUUCCCGCAUGGGUACGGGAAUGAGCCAGAAUAUCAACCUCCUAUCGAGUUGGAUCCUCCGGCGAAUAAAGGCACAAAGUACGUGAAGCCCAUAGUGACUGACCUGGGUAACCGGCGGAAGGUCGAGUGCCAAUGGGGCUACAGGCUGGGAAUGGACAAUAUUUGCGAAGAUGUCAACGAAUGCGCGACUGGGGAAGCAAAGUGUGGACCAAUGCAGUACUGCACCAAUCUGCCAGGCGGAUACCAGUGCAGUUGCCCUAAAGGGCACAGACUUGCUGGCGAUCAUGAGUGUGCUGAUGUAGACGAGUGUGCUUUAGCUGGUAACCAGUCGAUAUGCUCCCAAAAUGCCAACUGCGUGAAUACAGUUGGCUCGUACCAGUGUCAGUGCCACACAGGGUUCAGAUCAGCACCCGCCAAUGAUAAGGUGUGUGUCGACGUGGACGAGUGUUCCGAGUCUCCAGUAGGCUCUCUAUGUGAACAACGCUGCAACAACGUGUGGGGCGACUACAAAUGCUCCUGCCAUCGCGGGUACAGACUGAAUAAAGACAACAGGACGUGUUCCGACGUAGACGAAUGCACAGAAUACAAGUCCAAGAUCCUCUGCAUCGGACGAUGCAUGAACGAGCCUGGCAGCUAUAGGUGCACGUGCCCGGCGGGCUACAGACUCUCUGAAGACAAGAGGAGCUGUGUUGACAUCGAUGAGUGCGAAACAGGCGAAGCCCCUUGCGCCAGCACCGCGGGUACAGUCUACGGCGGCGUCAGCGACGUCUGUCUCAACACUCGCGGCGGGUACCGCUGCGAGAGAAUCACGUGUCCGAGGGGGUACCAGCUCGAGAGCAAACACCGCUGCACAAAGAUCGAGAAGGUAUGUGCGCCCACCGACUGGGAGUGCGCGCACCAGCCUACCACAUACUCCUUCAACUUCAUCACCUUCGUCUCCAAGUUGUACAUUCCUGAUAACAAGGUGGAUCUAUUCACAAUGAAAGGUCCGGCAUGGAAAGACGUGAGAGAAAACUUCGAGCUGCGAUUAAAGGAUGUCAACGCUCCGCCUACCGUCAAGGACAAGGCCGACAUCAACGCUUUUCUUUUGACGAAAACCGGACAUCAGGGCAUGGUGUCGCUGGUCCGGCCGCUGCAAGGCCCGCAGAGCAUCGAACUCGAACUAUCCAUGGAACUGUACAGUGGCGACAUCUUUGGGGGCAUCGCUGUCGCCAAACUGUUCAUCUUCGUGUCCGAACACGAGUUCUAGUCCUGGUUGUCACUUUAAUUUAACCCCGUUGGAAAUUUCGACCAAAAACUUUUUUAGAAUGAGUUGAAGUAACU